AUGCCACUAAGUUCAUUUAAUGAAUCUCAAAAUUUUCAAUUUGAACAACGUUUAAAUUCAAAUUAUUAUCGAGAAUAUGUAUUGAAUAAUCGAAGUCCUCCAAGACCAAUACCAGUAUCACCUCGUUCUCAACGUUUAAAUUCUCGUAAUGGAAAUAGAUUGACUAUCUUUGACCAAUUAUUUAAUAAUCAAAAAGAUUUCUUAACAAUCGAUCGUGCAGCUUAUAAAAUUCGUAUGAAAUCUGAUCUCAAUAUUAAUACAUUACGAGAUGCUACUCAUCGAUCUUAUCAUCAAGUACAUAAUCGGAUAAAUUCUAAUAUUCUACCACCACCAGCAACAACAACAAUGAAAACAAAUUCUCGUCAACCGACAGUUCUUGCUAUGACAACAAUUUCAAAAAAAACAAUUAAUAAUAAUAAUGCACUUAAAGGUAUCGAAGGAAAUUCUAUAUGUGUUGAAACAGUUGAUAAAAUUAUAAAACAAAUUCAUAAUAUAGAAGUACGUCCUGUUAAUAAUUUUGAUAAUUCAUUAAUUUCGAUAUCAAAUAAUCAAUCAAAUAAUGAAUAUAGAGCACCGAAAUCAUCACUUACAUUAGAACGUAUUGUAAAACAACCACAAGCAUUAACUGAAUGUCAGUUUAAUGUUCCAUCUUUAGUACGUAUAUCAUCUCGACUUCAAGGAACAGAAAAAUCAAAUGAUAUUGAUUCAAUUGAUCAAUCUUAUGAAACACUUAAUUCACUUGAACAACAAUCAUCCAUGACAAAUUCACAAGAUAUACGAAUACAAAAAUCACGUAAAAAAUCUUUAAAACAUUCAGAAAAACAAGUAUAUGUAUGUAGUAAAUUAAAUCUUAAUUAUCCAAAUAGAUAUAAAAGAAAAGAACCAAUUAUAUCUGUAUCAAAACAUCCAACAGCUAGAUUUAUAAUUCCAUGUAUGAAUUCAUAUUCCUAUUUUACAAAACAAUCAACAGAUGAAUUACCAUCAUUAACCACUAAAAAAAUUCAAGAACAAACAUUUCUCAAAGAUUCAUUUCAACAAUCAUCAAUAUAUCUUGAUGAACAUUCACAAUUUUUAAAUAAUACAAUCAAAUCAAUGAUUGGCUUAACUGAUUACGAUGAUGAUUUACGAAAUCCACCGAAUACAAUUAUUAAUUCUGAUACCCAACAAGAUACAUAA